AUGAUUAGUUUACAAUCAAAUAAAUCAUUUUAUAGUUUAACAAAACUAGAAAAAGCUAUUUAAAUUCAUAAAAGAUUGAAUAGUUGUUAACAUAAUACACAUCUUAAUUAACUUCUGAAUGAUGAUAAAUAUUAAAAGAUAACAUAAAUAAAAAUGGAAGAUGAAGAUCCAUUCUUCAAAAAGACUAAACAAUUAAAAUAAGAUAUCAAACCUAAUUAAUAAAAAUAAAGGAAUAGUCUACUUAGAAAACUUGAAAUAGAAAAGAAACAACGAGACAAUGAUUUUUAACUCUAAAAUUAAGAAAAGAUUCGUUUACUUAAUUAAUAGAUAAAUCACUCUCCAGGAUCUCGAUAUUAUAAAACAUACAUACAUAAAAAUGGCUAUAGAUAGCCAGAAUUUUUAAAUGAUGUUGAAAUUAUUUAAUGA